CAUUCUCUCACGACGUCCAUCCUCUCUCACCUCUUCAUUUGCGCUUCGAUCAUUUGAAGCAGCCGCACACGUCCAAAACCAAGAAAUAUUCGCACCCAAUCUCACAACCCUCCACGCCAAAUAACAACCAUGGCACUGAUAUGUCCAGCCAACAAUUCCAUCCCAGCCCUCGAGUCACUACCCCUCCCCAAAGACAUCAACUACGUCAUCACCCCCGGUGACAACCCGAAAGACAAGGCCGUGGUAGCCUGCUGCGCGCCGAACAGCGUCAACCUGGUGGACAGCUGCUACCUGUGGUGCGAGACGUCGUCGCAGUACUCCAACAAGAGCGACACGCUGUCCCAGUUCGGCGGCUGCCUGAGGCAGAAUAACCGGACCACCGCCAUCACGGCUUUCCACGAGGCCGGUGCUGCUUCGAGGGCGCCGACUGUUGCCGGCGUGGCUGUGGCGGCGCUCGUUGCGGGAUUGAUGUGUUUUGCUUGAUUGGAGAUGGGGCUGGGGAGCGGGGUGGCCGGUUUCGAGGGCUGAUGUUGGCGCAUUUUCGAUAAGCUCGUGGAUGCUUCGCUCUUGUGCAUCUUUUAGACCAAUGUUUUCUUGUCAAUAGCCAUGUCCAGAGACAUGUCAUUUCGAAGAAGAACUGCGAUAUCCUGCCGGCUAAAUCUGACGGUGUAACAAAAUGGCAUCAUAUUACCAAUAAUUAUCCACCGAAAGUCGUGG